AAGCUAAGCUAGAAGCUGUGCGUCUUCUAACGUCUUUUGUUCAUUAAAUCGUUAUUUUUCUGUGAUUCAUUCACCCUGAACGUGUCGUGCUGUGUCGUCAAACCGAGUUUCUUUUGCCCCCUUCCCUCUACCCACUUUGGAAUUUGCUGCUCGGUGACAUGCCUUCCUUCGCCUGACUCCUUACUGCCCUGGGGAGGCAGGAGUCCCGGACGAAUGGUACAGACAUCGCCGACGGAGACCGCAAACACGGAGCGGCCCCCUUUAAACAGCGCCGUUAGGCAGUGUCCGUGUGAGACAACGUGAGCAUCGAACCAGAGACAGAAGCCCGGGGACAGCUGGGGACAGCUGGGGACAGUCCACACUCAUCUCCCCUGCAGAGGCUGAAUGGUUGGUGCCCGCCUGACUGUACAUUGGAGUUAAACGGACAGUAUCACCUGUCCGCAGUUUUUUUUUCCCAGACUGCCCUGUGGACAGCUCCCUUCCUGCAGCUCUGAGGCCAUGUGCCGCCUGACAGUCGCUUUACUCUUCAUUUGCUUCUGGUUGGUGGAGAGAAGCCACUCAAAUGGCAGCCUUCAGGACAGCAUAAGAGAGCCACACACCAGGUUCGCCAUCAGCCUCUACCAGACGCUCACCAAAACGGAGAAUAACUCCAACCUGAUUGUGUCUCCAGUGAGCAUCUCCUUAUCUCUGGGGCUGCUGCAGCUCGGAGCCGGGGGCAGCACACUGGCUCAGCUGGAGGGAACGCUUGGGUACAAUGUGAACGAUGUUCCGGUACAGGACUUCCUUUUGCACUCACAGGGUGACAUGAGCAACAGCAGCCAGGGCAUGUGGCUGCAGCAGACUUGCACAUUAUUCAUCCAGUGUGGUGUCCACCUCCUGACUGAGUUCACCCAACGUGCAGCAGCCUGGGCCAGCACCGGCGUGGUCCGAGCCAACUUCAGCCAGCCCAGCCACUCCCGCAGCCAGCUGGAGAGACUGGGGCACAAUCAUGAUGAGUGGUGGCCCCUUCGGGCAGAAAGCAGCAGCGGGGAGCUGUCGGGCUCGGGCGAGGCCCAGGCAGAAGCCCAGGCAGAGGCUCGGUGGUGGGGCCACCGGCUACAGAUGGCCCUCGUGAACAGAGUGGCCUUUAGGGCCAUCUGGCAGAAACAGUUUCUCUUUACCAACACCCAGAACCUACCCUUCUUCCUCUCUGAUGGGAGCACCAUCAAGGUACCCAUGAUGUAUCAGGCCAUGGAGGUCAGCUUUGGUCAGUUCAGGACAGCAUUGGACCAACAUUACACUGUUUUGGAGCUGCCAUACCUGGGACACUCUCUGAGCCUGCAGGUGGUCUUGCCCAGUGAGAGGAAGAUACUGCUGUCCUCCCUUGAGUCUCAGCUCACAGCUCGCCAGCUGGCAUCCUGGGACACCGGCCUACGCAGAACCCGGAUGGACAUUUUCCUACCCAGGUUCAGGAUGCAGAACAAGUUUAACCUGAGAUCAGUGCUCCCCGCUGUGGGCAUCAGUGAUGCAUUCAACCCAACGGCAGCUGAUUUCUCUGCAAUAUCAGUGGAGGAGGGUCUUUAUGUGUCCGAUGCCUUCCAUGAAGUGAGAAUAGAGGUCACAGAAGACGGGACAAAGGCAGCUGCUGCUACAGCUAUGGUGCUACUCAAACGAUCCCGUGCUCCUGUUUUCAAGGCGGACCGGCCGUUCUUAUUUCUCCUACGACAGAUUAACACAGGUACGAGAGGAGGUGGAAUCUGUCUCUACAUAAAUGAAGGAUCCAUCUUGUUUAUGGGCCGAGUGUUGAACCCUGCUGACCAGGCACCCUGAAACUCACUCACACAAGUGCACACGUCCAUGCUACCGGACACGCUGGAAGGACUAUGUCUCUCGGCUGGCCUGGGA